UCUCAACUCUUGAGUGCAGCGGAAGCAACCGCUGACCGCAGCCACCUGUGAAGUCGAGAAAUGCGCUUUCGCGUCACUUUGUCGCAAAAACAAAACGAGAGAAGCGCAUAGGUUCGCUGAAUAAUUUUUUCUCGUCGUUUUUGGACGUUUUUAAUGCCGUGGGGUGGCUUGGCAAGUCACGCUACGUCGAGCUAGCUAACCUCCCAGUCGACCAAAUAGUCACAUGACAAACCGGAAGUAAGUGUCUUCCCUCCCACGUCAACGAUGGAGAAAAGAUGAGUCUACGCGUCUUUCUCUCCGCGCUUUUAUUGUUUGGAGUUUUGGGAGUUUGGAGGCAUGAUGGUGUUUCUGGCCUCGUCCAAAGUCUGGACGGUGAGUGGAACUUGUGGAACGCCAACAAGUCCUUGUCGCUCCCCGCUCGGGUGCCGGGCUGCGUCCACACGGCGCUGGAGGAGCGGGGGGUCAUACAGGAUCCUUACUUCCGCUUCAAUGACCUCCUCUACGAGUGGAUCUCUCUGGACAACUGGACGUACGCCACCACGUUUGCUGUGUCCAAAGAGCUCAGGUCCAAGCGGGCAGUUCUUCUGGUGUUGGACGGCGUGGACACAGUUGCGUCCGUUUGGCUCAACGGCGCCUUGCUGGGCCGCACCGACAACAUGUUCCACCGAUACGUCUUUCCCGUCCGGCAGCUGCUGAAGGCCGAGGACAACGCCUUGACGGUCCGCUUCGUGUCCGCCGUGGCGUACGCCGCCCAGAGGAGGAACGCUCACGCCGCCUACCCAGUUCCUCCCGAGUGUCCGCCCGACGUCCAGAAUGGACAGUGUCACGUCAAUUUCAUCAGGAAAGCCCAGAGCUCAUUCAGUUGGGACUGGGGUCCGUCCUUCCCCGGCGCCGGGCUCUGGAAAGGCGUCCGGCUGGAGGCCUUCGACCUGCUGCGCCUCGUCCAAUUUGCCGCCCUUCCUCGAUACGACGCCGGAGGCUCGUCGUGGUCGCUGCAGGCGGACGCCCUGGUGGACGCCCUCUGCCCCGCGUCGACCCAAACGACGCUGGACGUGCCCGAGCUGCUGUCCCGCGCCACCUUCCCGACCAACUUCCUCCAGGGCACCGCCAAAUACACUUUCGCCCUCAACAUCAACGCGAGCAGCAACGUGAAGCUGUGGUGGCCCAACGGGCUCGGCGGACAAACGUCCUACCGCCUCCUCGUCACGGUGCGCUCGCAGGACGGAGACGCGCUACUCCGCCUGGAGUCCAAGGUGUAUUUCCGCAGCGUGGAGCUGGUCCAGGAGCCCGUCGGCGGGUCGCCCGGUCUGAGUUUUUACUUCCGCAUCAACGGGAAGCCGGUUUUCCUGAAAGGCUCAAACUGGAUCCCGGCGCACUCCUUCCAGGACCGAGUCACGCCUCGUGUCCUGAGGGACUUGCUGCAGUCGGCGGCGGACGCCAACAUGAACGUCCUCCGCGUUUGGGGCGGCGGCGUUUACGAGCGAGACGCCUUCUACGACACGUGCGACGAAAUGGGACUCAUGGUGUGGCAGGAUUUCAUGUUCGCGUGCGCCACGUAUCCCACGGAGGACGACUUCGUACGCACCGUGCGCGAAGAGGUCCUCCAGCAGGUUUGGCGUCUAAAGUCUCACCCGUCCAUCAUCGUGUGGAGCGCAAACAACGAAAACGAAGCGGCGCUGGCCGCCGACUGGUUCCGCAUCCCCGCCUGGCGCCGGCCCGUCUACCUCAAAGAUUACGUCUCGCUCUACGUGGACAACGUCAUGGCGCUCGUCAAGCAGGAGGAUCCCUCUCGGCCGUUCCUGGUGUCCAGUCCCACGAACGGCGCCGAGUCGGAGCGGGAGGGCUACGUGGCCGCCGACCCGUACGACCCGCGCUUCGGCGACACGCACUUCUACAGCUACGUGCACGACUGCUGGGACUGGCGCGCCUUCCCCCGCGCGCGCUUCGCCUCCGAGUACGGCUUCCAGUCGUGGCCGUCGCUCUCCACGCUGCGGCCGGUGUCGGUUCCGGCCGACUGGAACUUGAGCAGCCGCUUCGCUUCCCACCGUCAGCACCACCCGCACGGGAACUGGCAGAUGCUGCAGCAGGCGGCCGUUCACUUCCGCUUGCCCGCCGCCGCCGCCGACUUCGCGGGCACCGUCUACCUCACGCAGGUGAUGCAGGCUCAGUGCGUGAAGGCCCAGACGGAAUUUUACCGGCGCAGCCGCAGCGAGCUGGUGGGCGGGCUGGGCAACACCAUGGGCGCCCUCUACUGGCAACUCAACGACAUUUGGCAGGCGCCCUCCUGGUCGUCCCUCGAGUUCGGCGGCAAGUGGAAGAUGUUACAUUAUUUGGCCGCCGACUUCUUCGCCGACGUCCUCCCUGUCGCCUUCGAGGAUGACGACGACGACGCGCUCUUCAUCUACGCCGUUUCCGACCUGAGCCAAGACCUGAAACUCAGAGUUGUGGUGUCAGUACACGCAUGGAGCGAACUGGAGCCGGUUUGCACGCUGACGUCCGAGCCCGCCGUCGUCCCGGGAGGAAGCGCCGUGCCCGUUUUCAAAGGCCACGUCGCCGCCCUGCUGGCGGGAUGCGGGGGCUGCAGCCGCCUCACCUGCCUGCUGGCCUUUUGGCUGGAGGACGGCGACGGCGCUCGGCGCGGUCCCGCCAACCACCACUUCCUGUGCUCGCCCAAGGACGCCGUCGGCCUACGGGCGGCAAACAUCACCGCCAAAGUGCGCGAGGACGAGACGGGCUUAGCGGUGGACCUCCAGACGUCGGCCGUGGCGCUUUUCGUGUGGCUGGACGCGGGCGCCCUUCCCGGACGCUUCGGCGCCAACGGCUUCCCGAUGCUGUCCCGGAACCGGACGGUGCAGUUCCACGCCGCGGGGAACACGAGCGCGGCCGAACUCUCCCGGGCGCUCGCAGUCACGUCGCUGAGCGACCUUUACGCGCCGUGAACCUCCCUCGAGCUUGCCGCCCCCACCGCUCGGGACGGUCCCGACUCCCGACAUGUAAGAAAAACCGCUUGUCGUCUCGGCUUCUGCUGUGGAUGUCAAGAUGAUUGAUUUUUUUUUUUUUUUUUUGUAAAUAUUUUAAUUCAACAAAAUGUGAUUUCAAGUGUUCGUCAGAAUGAUGGCCGCUAGUAGGAAAUAAAUUGUGCCCGUGAGGCUUG